AUGGCUCGUGGCCCACACCCUCACAUGGACUCCAAAUCCCGACUAAGGUCUUCCCUCCAGCGGACGAACCAAUCGCGUCUUAGGCUGGUAGCCAACUGCGCUCUACGUGCCAACGCGAACGCAGAUGCAACGGUCAAGGCACACGCUGUCGCACGAGCGGUGAAGAGAGAGUUGGCUCGGCAGAGACACAGGGAAACGCGCAUAAACGAGGCCAAGCUGCUCGAGAUGGCCAGGGGCAAAGUCAAAAACUGGCUAGAAAAGUUCCAAACGGAGGCCCCGGAUUCAGAAAUAGAAUCCACUCUCCAUCAUGAUGACGGCUCGCACCCCUCCAUCGACUACUUGCCCGACUCGGACUCUGCUGUCUCCCCACGACAAUGGCCCCGUCGAUUCUCCAACCAGCCAGAGGACGAUUUGGGAAUCGACCCCUUCCCGCAUUGCAAUCCGGUUCCCUAUGCAUCAGCAAAUGGGCUCCAGCGUGGUUUCGAUAUGAGACACUGGGCGAUCAAGUUUGACUGCCAUCCGAGAGGGGAUGCGUAUGAUAGAGAUAUGGUGGACUGCAGUUGA